AUGGUUGAAGAGACCUCAGUGUAUACCUACAAAACGGCUGGCCGGUUGUCUCUAGGCAUCGACGUCUCUAUUCCGCCAGGUUUUGACAAGGAAAAGGGAAUUGUGUCCAUCCACUACCAUGGAGGGUUUCUGGUGAUUGGCGAGAAAACGACGUUUCCACCGCACUGGUUGAUUAAUGCCUGCCAUCGCCGAGGUUGGGCCUAUGCCACACCUUCGUACCGGCUACUCCCAGAAGCAGAGGGAAGUCAAGUUCUCAGCGAUGCAAUAGAUGCUGCCCAAUGGGUUCAUGACAAUAUCUCCAAACGGAUAAUAUUGGCGGGAUCAAGUGCCGGUGGUUAUUUAGCUUUGGCAGCGGCAGCUCAUUCACAAACCCCCCGCCCCUUGGCUGUGCUUUCGAUAUAUGGAAUGCUCAACCCUGUCGGCAAUCGAUAUACCCAUCCAGGUCGAGGUCUCCGGAAGCCUGUGGAAAAUCUAUCUAAGGUGCUGACAACGAUCAGCGACUCUAUGAGGUGUGGAGAGAUUAUCGACGGCUAUGCCUUUCCAGAGAAUCCGAUGGCAGAUCAGCGGUUCAGAUGGAUCGCUGCAAUGCAUCAAGCAGCAUGGAUCCCCGAUGUCUUGACCCGAGUUUCAGGACUAGCGGAGCUCAUUAGGGAGCAGGGAACUGAAUCCAUCCCACAAGAGCACCGGCAACUCUUUCCAGCAACUUGGGGGCUGUCGUCCGGCUUUCCACCAACAGCUCUUCUUCAUGGCAACGAAGAUGUCUUGGUGGAUUCUGAACAAAGUGCUGGAGUAACAGAUAUUUUGAAAUCCUUAGGAGUCGAUGUGAUCCUUGAAUGUGUCGAGGGACAGGGUCACGGAUUUGAGGCUAAAGAGUUUAUCGAUUUGGAUUCCGAGACAAACGAGGAGAGGCCUUUCAACCCGAAUCUUAGAAGGAUUAUUGCUUUCCUAGAAAGCCAUGUCUCCAUAUAA